AUGCCGUCCGAAGUAGAGCCUCUCCUCCCUCGAUAUGAUGAUGAGACCGCCCGUCAGCGUCGUCUGCACCAGAAACUGCACACCUACCAAAUGGUCCGUGCGAUGGCUGAGGGUUACAUGCCUUCGACAGAGCAAGCCAUCGUGAAUUUGCGGACUUUGCUCGCGUCGGAUAUUCUGAACUUACGCAAUCAGGACAUUGGCUCCACCGGUCGGCUCCUGGUGCGCGAUGCCCGGCUGGUGAUCACGGUGCUGAUUGAGUUCUUGCGUGAAAAGAAUGACAAUGACCAAGUUCAAGACUUUCUGUGGCGAUUGGCGCGGUCGAGGGUUGAAUUAGAUACUGGACGGGUCGAGGGCAAUGCGAAAAGUGCCAAGGCUCGCGCGGAUGCCAAAGCAGCAUACGAUAGCUUCCGCACAGUUGGCAAUUUACUUCUCACGAACGCCGAUUUCCGUAUUUUUGUCGACGAUGUAGCCACCGUUGGCCGUCAAAUCUUUGCAGAUACCGCGUCGGCGCUGUCAAAGUCAGCGAAACAGGUCGCGAAAGAAGCCAGGCCGUCCCAGGAGGAAAACAAGGCCUUGAAGGGAGCUGGCGCCGAUGACGGCAAAGAGUUAUCCAAAGAUGAUAUCAAGGAGGAAGUAGCUCAUAUCGCCGACGUGGCUGGCAAGGGCGUCGCGCGCACAGAGCAAGCCGCUGUGAGAAGUGCUAAAGAGCACCUUUCGGGCCAGGAGCGGGAAACUCUUCUGCAUCGUUUGAAACAGGCAGUUACGAAGCUUCGACAACGCACAGACUAUACCGACUCCGUAUCCACUCUGGUCCAAUUGAUCCAGCGGUACGCCGCGAUCUAUGCCAACGUCCUGGAAGAUGCGGCCAACACCGCCCAGGAAGACACUGAAGUGAACGAGGAUCUCAAGAAAGCGGUCGAUCAAUUCUGGAAUCUCUUACGGAUGUUUGGGGAUGCUAAGGAGUGGGAUAAGCUGCAGGAAAAAUUCAACAAUGUCCUACGCCAUGCUGAUAAGGACCCGGAGUUCGAGCGUUUGAUGGGUGAAGUGAGCAGCUCUUUGGGAGAAAUGCUCACCGACCCAGCCUUUUUCGACUCGGCGCCAGAGAAAAUCGACGAGCUAAAGAAGAGCUCGGAGAAGAUAGGCGCCGAGACAGGUAUUCGCCAGGACAUGGAUGAGCUGCUGGCUCAGGCCAAGACGACACUGCGCAGUGUGCCCCAGGACAACGAAGUCUACAAGCUGGUCAAUGCCAUCAAGAAACUCCAGCAUGAUGCUUACAACGCCUAUCAAGACAAGAAGGGAGAUCUUCCCAUCGACAUUGCGAACUAUGUACUUCCCAUGGUGCUACGCAUGAUCCAAUACAUUCCUAUCCCCCGACUAGAGGUUUCGGCCCCGGAAAUGGAUCUCUUACUAGAAAACCUGAUCUUGGAGCCGGGCCGAACAGUCAAUUAUUCAUCCUUUUUGCCAUAUCGACUGAACUUGCUCACUCGCAACAAUAUCGACAUUGUCAAGAAGCACGCCAAGCGCACAGACACAACCAUCAAGACCGCCUUCACUGUGAAUAUCGAAGGACUGAACAUCAGCGCCCAAGAUUUCGGGUACUGGCUUCGAGCCCAUACGGGCCUGUUCUUCCGUCUUAAAGAUGAGGGAAUCGCCAGCUUCUACUUGGAUCGUCGAGGUAUCGACAUCUCACUAGACGUUGAGGUCGGCCGCGGCAGCCUUGAGCAGAUCUUCAAUCUGCGUGGUGUUCGAGUCGUCAUCCACAAGCUCGACUACAAGGUUUCACAAAGUCGAUGGAAGUUCCUGCUUUGGCUGACAAAGCCCUUCUUGAAGCACUUGGUGCGACGAGUAUUGGAGAAGAAGAUCGCAGAAGAGAUUGUAGCCGCGGCAUUCGCAUUGAACCGAGAGUUGGUGUUUGCUCGCGAACGACUUCGCGCAGCUCGUAUUGCGAACCCGCGAGAUCUGGCAAGCUUUGUACGUGCUGUCCUCGCACGUCUUCGGCCGGCAGACUCGGAUGUUGAGGCUCGAGUUGCAGUCGAGCCUCCCAAGGAUGGCGUCUUCAAGGGCGUGUACGCACCCGGAAGCAUUGUCAAGACCUGGCACGAACAGGCGACUGCAGCUCAAGAGGCCAUUGAUGAUGGAGACGAAACACAAGGUAUUGGACACACCUGGCGAAAUGAUAUUUUCAAUGUUGGUGGUGCCUAA